AUGGGCCGUUCACCAUCACGAUCGAGCGAUGGCGCCGACUCUGGACAGAAUGCGCGCGUUGAGCCGCGUCUUCUAAAGGCUAUCGAGGAUAAGAAACACGACGAUGCGAUCGCGAUUAUCGAGCAUGCGAAAGCGAAGUCGCAACCCGUCGAUCACCUCCUACGCAUAGGUUUGAUGCGCGCAGCCGAGCGCGGCAACAUAUACAUCACGGAAUACUUGCUUAAGAGUGGUGCGAAACCCGACGGCGCGCCAGGUGGCCGGGUUUCGCCUCUGUUCAAAGCAAUUGAGAAGAAUCAUGUCGGGAUUGUACAACUGUUGUUGAAGUUUGGAGGCAAUGUGGAUGCGCAAGACAAGCAGGGACGGACUGCACUCAUGACGGCUGCUUGGAAGAAUUACUUCCACAUCAUGCAUGAGCUGCUAAGGUGUGGUGCCGACGUCAACAAGAAGGACAAUACAGGACGGAACGUGCUUCACAAUUUGGCGGCAGACAAGCACUGCAACUGGGGACGCGAUGUCAUCGCAGAGUUGCUGAGGCAGAACAUCGCGAUCGAUGGACCGGAGGGCCAGGACGACCAGAAGCGAAGCCCGUUACAUUGGGCUGCCAGUACUGGAAAGAAGGAGCUGUGCGAAAUGCUACUACGACGAACCAGGCUUCCCAGGGCGAACGUGAAUGCUAUUGAGAUCAGACAAAAGACAGCACUACACCUAGCAAUCGCACACGGCCGAGACGACAUCAUCGAGCUUUUGCUCGUCCACGGCGCAGACGUGGGGGCAAAGAGUGAUGGUAGCUGGACACCUUUACACAAUGCUUGUCAACAAGGAAGUGUAAAGGUACUAAAGAUAUUGAUGGCCGCUGGAGCAGACGUCAACGCAAAGUUACUCACUGGCAUGACACCCCUGCAUGUCGCGGCGCAGGCUGGUCAUUUCGACAUAGUCAAGUGUCUCUUGGAAAGGAAAGAUGUCAAACGAGCAGCCAAAGACAACUCUGGUAUUACGCCAUUCUUGCGUGCCGCACUGAGCAAGAGCCCUGCGCGCAAGGACAUUAUCAAUGCACUAGCACCCCACAACCAGGUCGAAGCACUUAGCGAAGACGCCCUUGGCGCUACGAACGGUUUCCAUGCUACUGUUGUCGACUUUGGCAACUUCCAUAACGAAAACAACGUCUCAAGAAAAACUGUCUUCGAGCUGCUGUAUGCCCGUGAUGCUAUCAAUCCAAGGAAGCCAGCUGUUUCAAUUCUACCCAAGGAAUCCAAGGCGACAACCUUCCGAUGGAUCCAUCUUCCUGCAAAUAACAUGGCCUGGAUCGAGGCAUUGCUCACAAAAGCAUUCAUUGAAGAAGGUGCCAGUGAUGUGGAGGGCUUCAAGGCGCUUGAACGGUCCUUCAGCCACCAGCAUCGAGGACAGCAGAUUCACUCACACUUUAUGCGACCGCUUUGUCAGAGCACACCGCGUGCACCGAAGCACCAUGACGAUUCAGACCUUUCCGACGGUGCCGAUCAGAUACCACAGAUCAUGGUAAAUAGUGGUUUGGGCCUGGGUAUUGAUGCCGUAGCUGGUUCGCAAGAGCUAUCGUCGUCACCAUUCCCUCGCACACCCAUGCGGACCAAUACCCUAGAUACAGAUCAGACAGAUGGUACUGCAGGGACAGGCUCUGGGCACGCGACUGCCAGGGAAGGGAGAAGUAAAGCAAAGGACAAACCCAAGAAGACACCAAAGUGGGGUGGAUCCAAGCAAGCUGGCAAGCGAUCUGGUGGAACAGAAACACCGACUAGAGGCCCAGAACACUAUGCAAAACGAACGAAUACCAGCUCUUCUCUCAACAACAGUGGCCAUCUCAGGUCACCUGGUAGUCCAGGACGCAAAGACCCAACAGCCGUAGCGAAGGGCAACAUCUUCGCCUUCAUGCCUUACCUUCAUUUCGAAACUGAUCGACGGCGGCAGGAAAUGCAAGCUGCGAUCUUGAGAACGCAGAAGAUGAAAGAGCGCGAGAAGAAUGAAGGAGGCACGUCCAAGCCGCAGUAUUACCGCGCGUCAACUUACGAUGAGAUGCUUUUCAGAGCUCACUUGACAUCUUCACAAGUCUCGUUGCACGUGCGACGCACUUUGGAUCAGUUCUUCUACCACAACAUCGAUACGCAAUCGCGAGAUCGAGAUCAAGUUGUUUAUCGGUACCAAUGCAAGUCGAACGAGCCGCAGCAUGUCGACCCAAAAAUCUUCAUGGUUGACCAACUAUGGAUGUGGACACUCGGAAAAGACUUGAUAGUGACGGCGUUCCCUCAACGAUGGCAGCAGCCUCGUAACGACCCGCUCAACGUUCUUGAUGGUGUCAUUGAAGAUAUCAACAGCAAGACAAGAGAUCCGGUGCGCAGCGUAUAUGAUCUUGCAAUGAUCAUCACUGGCCGCUGUAGUGGUGUUUUUGACAGACAUCGCGUUGGUGACGAAGACUACCAGUUUCUGGACAUGUUUGAGUCAAGUAUUGGCGAUGCUACGGAGAUGGAAACCAUGCUUUUCAAAGAUUUCAACAUUGCGUCGGCACAAGCAUCCGAGUGGCUACAUCAUCACAGACGGCCCAAUCGCUUCUCGAGACAUCUAGAGGCUGAGGGAAGGCAGAGAGAACAUCUGAACCGUCGACACUCGUCGCAUCACUCACACGCGCAUGCAUUGGCUGAUCCUCCGGUUCGAGAAGAAGCGUUCGAGUACGACAACAGCGAUCGAACAGCUGCUCAUGCCCCACUAUUCGUCGACAAGCUAUUGGAUAUCGGCGCCGAAACCGACCUGCUAGCAGAGACCAAGGACAUUCGUGACGAACUCAACAUGAUAGCGAAGGUGCUGGAAGACCAACGCAAUGUAUUGCCAGACAUGGAGGCAAGCAUCACAGACAUAUAUCGCGAAGAGCACAAGAGUCAGCAGGACCUCAAGAGGCGGUUCAAAGACAUGCUUAAGACGAUUGAUACACAUAUCAAGGAUCUUGAACGCAUGGACAAGCAGGCCAAGCGCAUCUACGAAUCCAUCACUGAUCUGCUCGAUCUAAAGCAGAAGCAUGCCAACGCUUUUGAAGCACGUUUCGCUCGAGAUCAGGCUGCUGGCACUGCAAGACAAAGCCAAACCAUUAUGGUGUUUACGAUUGUCACCAUCAUCUUCCUUCCUCUGUCAUUCAUCGCAGCCAUGUUCACUAUCAAUAUUCAAGAGUUUCCACAUGAACCAGGAGGUGGCGAGCCUUCUCUCCCUCUAUCAUAUGUCAGCAAAUACAUGUUCGGCAUUGGCUUCGCAAUCUCCAUACCGUUUAUCGCGAUCGCGCUUUCCUUCGAUGCGAUCGGCGACUUCUUCCGCGAACUAAAACAGCGUUUCCGCAAACGCAAGACUGAAAAUCAGCGAAGUCGACGCGAGGCCAAUGACCCCUACAGUGGUAUCGAGAAGACCGAUUUCGAAUACUCCUUUGACACACGCACAAUCGAACAGGCACUCAGCCGCGGGCGCAGUACGGCAUACCGCCCGGAUGGCAGGCGUAGCAUUGAAAGCUACCUCGGUAGUGCAAGGAGAACCGACGGUGGUUCGUUGCUUCCUAUCGCUAGUCGCAGUACUGGGAGGAGCCCUGAGAAAGGUGUUGCCAAGGGCUUCAAUGGCUUAACUGGAACGACUACAAUGCCCGACAGAUUGAGUGUAGACAGAGCUGAGAGACAGAUUGCCUGGAAUAGGCGAAACUUCAAAUGUGGUAACCUCGAUCUUAUUCCGACAUUCUGGGACGAGAUUGUCUUCACCAAGAGCCUUCAGUUGGAUCUCCUCGUUCAACGCAUCCAUGCCCAUCUAGCUUCUUCCGUUUUUUGCUCGUCCAUGAUGAAGGCUGGUCAUUCCAACUAUUCGCAUUCCAUGCAGCAUGAACUAGCAACUCGAAAGAAACGCCUACUCAAGCUUUACGAGCGGCAUCGUCAAUCCCAGCUUACAUUCUGCUCUGCUUUUUAUGCAGCCCUGCCUCGUGAGCUAAGAGAUAUGGUUUAUGACCAGAUCGUUACCCCAAACAAGCAAAAUUACGUUCUGAAAGCGCAUAAAACCUUCAACGAUGAGACUGGAAAACUAGAACACCCUUUCUUUGACGCUGACUUAUCCAUGCCAGAAGAUCCUGGUAUGCGUAGCGACGUGUGGAAGUUCGUCGAGUACACAGGCGAAGCAGUGGGCAAAGAGAUAGCCGAGCACUGGUAUCGUACCGGCCGCUUCGAUUUUGAUGCCGAGGAUUGCCUAUUACACAAGUUUCUUACGAAAGAUGUCUGGCACCGGGGUAUCGUUCCUGCAGAUGUUGUUCACCACCUCCACAUCACUCUGAAUCCUAUGCCGUACAUUGUCCCUACUGAUUCCAUGGAGGCCGACCUGGAAAGCUUGUUCGCGAUAUCCAACAAGAAUAGCGAACUCGUUUUCGAAAUCGUCAAGCAAAGAUAUCACGCUGCGUUGGCGAAUGGCGGCAUGUCAUACGUGUUAGCGUUAAUCGCACCAUGCGUCUAUCGUCUGCGCACUGAGGGCUUCAGCAGAGUGGCAGCGUAUCAAGACCUGAUCGAUCUCCAUAGAAAACCGUUCCCGUGGACAUUUUGUCCAUGGGAUAUCACGUAUUUCUUUGAGAUAGAGCAGGAGGAAUUCGAAACAGUGUUUUGCAAGGAGUCUGCACACGAUGAUGAACGAGAUAAAAGGAUUGCCGAUGUGAUUUCUAGAUGUCGUGGUGCUGGUAGAGCUGGUGAAACCAGUUGA